AUGCAGAGUGUUCUACGUUACCUUGCCUUGCCGAGCGAAGACACUGAGCGGACAGUCAGCGUUGAAACAAAGACCGUGUUGCAAGAAGCCGGUCUGCUGCACAAGUCUGCUGAUGGACUGGCCAUCACUUCAUACGGGUUCCAAUUUCUGCUCAUGGAUUACGCUAAACAGAUAUGGUCCUAUCUUGUUCAUUAUUUAGAAUAUAUGGAGAAAAAGUCUUCAAGUCCUGAAGAAGCAAUAUCGUUCCUCCUCGCUAGCGUCUUUUGCUCUUUAGACAAGGCGUACACGACUGAAAUGCUGUCCUCAGCAUCACUGAACUUUCUGCAGCACCUUCGAGGGAUCGGCCUUGUCUAUCAGCGAAAGAGGAAAGCCGGUUGGUUCUGCUUUACGGCUCUCACAGCUAUUCUGUCAAAUUUCACUAUGUCACUCAGCCACAAACCGAAAGGAUUCUUAAUCGUCGAGACCAACUUUCGGCUUUAUGCGUUCACCGGUGAGUGA